AAGGAGUUUCUACAAAUAAGUGCCGGGGCUCAAAUAUGCCUGGAAGACUGACCUGGAAACCUUGUUCCCCAAUCUGUAUGUGUUGAGAUCGGAGAGGGACUGGAUAAAGUUGCUUCUGAUAGGAAUGUGUUCUGCAGGAGCUCAGAGGCGAUGCUGGCGUUAUUGCAAAACCGAAAGUUUUUGGACAUAGUUGAGGCAGGGCAAAGAACAUUUCCUAGCUUCAGUUCCCAGCAUCUCCAAGGCUGGGAGAGAGACCCCUCCCAGUCAUUGUGGACAAUACUGAGCUAGAUGGACCAAUGUGUUUGUAAAGACCAUCGGAUGUACUGUAUUGCUGUCGUGGGCACACCCUGCAUCCAUAAGGCUUCUAGCACACAGCAGCUUAUGCACAUAGCACACAGAACAAUACAUUUUGGUGAGACUUUAAGAUGCCUCACUCAGAAGGACUCUGGACUGACCCUUCUCUGUAAUGUUGUUUUUUACUGCAUGGGUCAGUGUUGAGCGCUUGAACUGAAAACAGGAACUGGUGCCCGGACAUGAGCUCUUCUUUUUCAGAAAUAGGGAGGUGGGGGAAAGGGGAACGUGUUGUUGAAGCAAUUUCAGUCUCCCUACCAGGAAAUGCAGGGCAUGCUGACUUUGCUGUGAAGCUCUUAAAGUGGAAAAGAGGAAUGUGUAGCUCCUCCAGAUGUCACAGAACUACAGUUUCCAUUAUCCCUGGUCAUUUCUGGUGGGAGCCUCUCCACCCCUGUGUUAAAGGCACAAAGUUCUGCCUUUGUGGCCUUAGGUAGAGAAUCUUCCUCCUAAUUUUGCCCUCUCACAUGUAGGACUGACAAAAUAUGCAUAUUUCAAAGAACAAGGUGGAUAUCUUUUAGGAUUUCUGUACAUAUGUGGCUUUACUUGGUGAUUUUCCACCUGUAACUCGCCACUGUUAAUGGCCAGAGCCUAGGGGGUUGGAUGGUAAGGCUUAAUCUGAAGUUUAAGACAGGUUGAGCAGCCGAAAAAGGAGCAUCUGGCUCUGAUUGCCUAGGAAGCAUAAGAAAAGCUUGUUUUGCUGACAUGAAAACAUGAAUCUUGUGGCACCUGAAACACUAGAAGAUUCAUCAUGGCAUCAACAUGGACUACAAUCUCUUUCAUCAGAUGCCUGAAAUUAUAUCUUUGGUUGGUAGGCUUUUGCUGGAGGGGAAGUAAGUGUGGAAUGCAAACAGGGAACAAAAGGAGUAAUUAAAUUAAGAGUUUGUGACAGGUAGGCAUGCAACUGACCUUCUUUCGCAUCCCCUUUUUGGGGAUAGGCAUAUGUUGAAUAUCUGCUUGUCACUAAAGGCAGGGAGUCUCUGACAGGAUGCAAAAAGACAAGAAUCUGAGUUCCAAAUCAGUUCAUAUGUUUCGCGGCCAGUCAUCAGUAGUGCAGUACUCAAAGGCGUUUGUGAUGCAUGCGGAAGGUCCAGUUUCUGUCUUCCCAGUUCAGGCUUGGAAAGACCCCUGUCUGUCAGCUGGUGUAGUUCGCCAUGGAGCCAAAGUAGUCUUCUGUGCCCCAGGAUCUGAAGGGGAAAGGGGAAAAGUUAUUGAAAAGGAGCUGAAUGAUUCUGCAGGGCCUGGGGAAGGUCACUUUGAGGUCUGCGAUGUCCUUCGUGAAACAGACAUUAAGACUUUGGUUUCUGUGACCGUAGAACUUUACGGACAGCUUGACUGCCUGGUGAACAAUGCUGGAGGCCAUCCUCCUGACCAAACCAUAGACGACGUGUCUGCGCAGGAGUUCCGCAGCCUCAUGGACCUCAAUGUGGUGAGCUGCUUCUUAGCCGCUAAGGCCGCCCUGCCUCACCUCCGCAAAACGAAAGGGAACAUCAUCAACAUCGCCAGCCUUGUUGGUCUCAUUGGACAGAAGUACGCGGUGCCAUAUGUUGCAACCAAGGGCGCUGUUACUGCGAUGACAAAAGCUAUGGCCAUCGACGAGAGCAAAUAUGGUGUCCGAGUCAACAGCAUCUCACCUGGCAAUAUCUGGACUCCUAUGUGGGAGAAGCUUGCAAGCCAGACAGCUGACCCAGAAGCAACGAUCCAGGAAGGCAUAGAUGCUCAGCUUUUGGGAAGAAUGGGGACCCCAGCGGAAUGUGCUGCAGCUGCUCUGUACCUCGCUUCUGAGGCCACCUUCUGCACUGGCAUCAACCUGGUGCUUAGUGGUGGAGCUGAACUUGGAUACGCACAGAAGAGCCACAGAGAGCUGAAUCCCAGUUUGGAAGACUAGUUGGAGUCAGCAAGAAAAGCACAAAUGACUUCAGUGGUUACCCGGUAGUUGAUAAGGUGGGCUGAUAAGAACAGCUGCAGCUUCAAAAAGACAGAACGUCCGCAGGAUAGCGACUAUGUUUUUAUCUGUCUUAGCCAAAACAGUAAGAGCCCUGUGGCACUUUUAAAGAGUUAGCAAAUCCAGAUAUGCCCCAGGGAUGAAGGGGAUUCUUCUCCACAC